UUUGGAGCUUAUAAUGUUAGGGAUUAUCACGUCCAUUUCCAUCUCGAUUCAUAUGAGAUUGGGAUUAGUUUCAGGUUAGUUAACGAGUUUCACGUCGUUACCAAAUCGAUUUGAAGUAGUUAGUUCUUUGCUGUGGCGUUCCAAUUAGUCAGACUAGCUAGGUUUCUCGUUAUCAUGCCAAUCAUCGUAGUUGUCGUAGCGUCCAUUAGGUUGUUUGUAACAUUUUAAGAGAUUUUUUGAUAUUCUAACACUUCCUAUUUGUAUUUGCUCCUCCUCUUUUCCCGCAUAAUGAAACAAUCAAUUCAUCUAUAUUGCUUCUCAUCAGAUAUGGUAGCGAACAUAUAAUUUUUUUUCACAUUUACGACUUUAUAAUUCUUCUACACACUUUCGUCCAGAUUUUUGUCAAGUCGGAGUUAACUCAAAAAUAAAAUAAAAACAAUUAGAUAGAAAAUAAUCUACAAAAAGCUGACAGAAUGGAAAGGAAGAUAACAUAAAUAUUAAGAACAAUGCGAGAUCAAUGAUUUAAUUUCCCUAAUAUCUCGUGCCAAAUUGCCAAUACCCCUUUGAUUAUUUUUUUGUAAUUGACCUUCUUGUAUUGUUAACCUCUCAAUUCUAUUUGAUUUUCAAGGUUGAUACUCUUCUUUAUACCGUAGAUUUCAAGGUUGAUUCAAUUGCAUCGUUAACAUUUAUAUAUAUUUUUUUUUAUCUUUUAUGAUCUAAUUUUUUAAUAAUUAGAGAUUAAAUAAUCAGAUAAUAAACAAAAAAAUCAAAUAAAAAGAAGUAGGUAAACCGUAAACAAGCAGAUUUAUUUGUUGAAUGUUGACUUUCAACCACUGGAGGCUGCACGCAGUCAACGGAAAAUGGGCCCCACCUUGUCUCUCCUCUCUCUCUCUCCCUCUCUGCGUUGCCGUGCCGUCGUCGCCCGGCAAAAGUCAUUUUUUUCAUUUUUUACAUAUAAAGAACCCAAAUUCCCAACUCCAACCAUUUCUUCCCUUCUUCUUCUUCUUCUUCUUCUUCCUCUUCCUUCCAUACUACCCAUCAUCCAUCCUCAGAAUAGUCGACAAAGAAAAGAUAAAGCAGUAAUCUCUAAGCUCCGAUGUCCAUGGAGGCCGUGCCCUUGCCGCCGGCCGAGAAGCCGAUAGAGCUCAGGGCGGUGGAGGCCCUGGGGAAAGGCUUCGACCUCAGCAGCGACUUCAGGCUGAAGUUCGCCAAGAGCGCCGGCGGGAGGCUGGUCGCGAUCGACGACCGGAACAAGAGGGACAUUGUAAUUCCCUCCGGCGGCGCCGGCGUUACCGUUGCUGGUGUCUCCGAGGACAUUCGGGUCGAUAGAGGCGACCGGAUUCGGUUCAAGUCCGACGUCCUUGAGUUCAAUCAGAUGUCAGAACUGCUUAAUCAGAGAUCUUCAGUACCAGGAAAAGUGCCAUCUGGCUAUACCAAUGCUCUCUUUGAUUUGAGUGGGGAUUGGCUCCAUGAUGCCACAGACACCAAGUAUCUUGCUUUUGAUGGUUACUUCAUCUCCUUGUACUACUUGCACCUAACAGCAUCUCCACUGGUGCUCCAAGAUGAAGUAAAGAAUUCAGUACCGCCUCGUUGGGAUCCAGCUAUGUUAUCCAGGUUCAUUUGUACAUAUGGCACGCACAUAAUUGUAGGGAUGGCAAUUGGAGGUCAGGAUGUUAUUUGUGUUAGACAGAAACAUUCAUCAACGAUUGCUCCUGCCGAUAUCAGAAAGCAUUUGGAGGAUCUUGGAGAUUUUCUCUUUUCAGAUAAAAGAAGUCCAUCACUGAUGCAGAGAAAUGCGAGAGAUGGCAAACAAAAGGUACCCGAGGUUUUCAAUAGAAUUCUGCAGUCAAACACCAUGCAACUGACCAGCAUAACAGAAACAUCAAGCAAGGAGGGGCUUACCAUUGUUUGUUCAAAAAGAGGAGGGGAUGUGUUCUCUCACAGUCAUUCUAACUGGCUACAAACAGUACAUGCAAAACCAGAAGCAAUCCUCUUUAAGUUUGUGCCAAUUACUUCUCUUCUUACUGGGGUCCCUGGCAGUGGCUAUCUUAGUCAUGCUAUCAACUUGUAUCUACGAUACAAGCCUACCCCAGAGGAUCUACAAUACUUUCUGGAGUUCCAAGUGCCAAAGCAGUGGGCACCUAUGUUCUCUGAGUUACCUCUACGGCAUCAAAGGAAGAAGGCCUCGUCCCCAUCUCUGCGGUUCAGCUUUAUGGGACCCAGGCUUUUUGUUAGUUCUGCCCAGGUUUCAAGUGACAAAAAACCAGUGGUAGGGUUGCGCUUGUAUCUAGAAGGGAAGAAAUGCAAUAAGCUGGCUAUACAUAUACAGCAUCUCUCAAGCCUUCCAAACCUCAUGAACACAGCAUCAUCCAACACUGCCUCCAUCUCCAGACCAUGCCAAUGGCAAGGCUCCGACCAGUAUCCAUCCAGCGCCCAAUUCUUGGAACCUGUGAGGUGGAAGAGAUACUCAAAGAUCUGCACUUCCGUGGUCAAGCACGACCCAACCUGGCUCCAUGAUGGAGGAGUUUUCGUAGUAACCGGUGCACAGCUCCUCAGCAAAGGCAAAUGGCCCAACUCAGUACUCCACUUGCGCCUGUUGUUCACACACUUGCCCCACUGCAGCAUCCGGAAGACCGAAUGGGCAGCCGUCCCAGAAGGGCCUCACAAGACGAGCAUCCUCACGAAUAUCAGCACCACAUUCACAUUCACUCAACGAACACCACCUGGCCAGGACAAACAGGCUGCUGCUCCGGCUGCACUUAAUUCUGGAGUGUAUCCAGAUGGUCCUCCGGUUCCAGUGAGCUCGAGGAAGCUUCUCAAGUACGUGGAGACAGCUGAGAUUGUUCGCGGUCCCCAUGACACACCGGGACAUUGGUUGGUGACAGCCGGUAAGCUAGUGGUCGACGGCGGGAAGAUUGGGUUGCACGUGAAGUUCGCGCUGCUGGACUAUCCAGAUUGUUAGGAUUUGAGUAUGUGUGCAUAAUAUAGUAAUGGUGUAUAAUUUUUGUUUCUUUUUGUUGUGUGAUAAAUUGAGUUGAGGUAU